AUGUCCGAAACAACUUAUUCGGUUGAUGCACAACUGACUGAUAGUCAAUGGCAGCGGCUCGAAGAAGAGAAUGAAAUUCUUCGGGCAUCAAACAUUCAGUUAUGUCAGGAGAUCCAAGCUAUGGAUCGCCGCCAUGUCAACCAAGAAGCCUUAGUCGCCUGCUAUGGUCAGAUCUUUGAAAGAAUACAUGCGGAAACGGGCCCCAUAAUCAGCUAUUGGAACGGCUACUCCGAUGCUCCAUCAUCUGGAAUCUCUAGAAAUGAUGUAGACGGCGCAGCUUCUAGUGAAUAG